AUGCGCCCGCCGCCCUCUGCUCUCCAGCUAUUGCUGCUCCUGCUGCUCGGGGUCAGGCCCGGCUGGGGGUCCUCUGAGCCCCCGCUUCCAGCUGUGGUCAUCGCUGUGCUGGCUCGCAACGCCGGAUACUCCCUGCCGCACUAUCUCGGGGCUCUGGAGCGGCUGGACUACCCCCGGACCCGCCUUGCCCUCUGGUGUGCUACAGACCAUAAUGUGGACAAUACGACAGAGAUUCUUCAGGAGUGGCUGGCCGCUGUGGGCAAGGACUAUGCAGAAGUGGUAUGGAGAGCGGAAGGUGAGCCAAGGUUGUACCCAGAUGAAGAGAGUCCCAAACAGUGGACCAAGGAACGCCACCAGUUCCUCAUGGAGCUAAAACAAGAAGCCUUGGAUUUUGCACGAGCUUGGGGAGCUGACUACAUCCUGUUUGCAGACACUGACAACAUCCUAACCAACAACCAAACCUUGAAGUUCCUGAUAGGGGAGGGUCUGCCAGUGGUGGCCCCUAUGUUGGACUCCCAGACUUAUUACUCCAACUUCUGGUGUGGGAUCACACCACAGGGCUAUUACCGGCGUACAUCAGAUUACUUCCCUACCAAGAAUCGACAGCGUCAGGGCUGUUUCCAAGUGCCCAUGGUACAUUCUACCUUUCUGCUGGCCCUUCAGAGUAAGGGAGUUGACCAAUUGGCUUUCUAUCCCCCCCAUCCCAACUAUACAUGGCCCUUUGAUGACAUUAUCGUCUUUGCCUAUUCUUGCCAGGCUGCAGGUGUCUCAGUCCAUGUUUGCAACCAACAUCGUUUUGGGUACAUGAAUGUUCCAGUCAAAUCACAUCAGGGGCUAGAGGAUGAGAAAGUCAACUUUGUCCAUCUAAUCUUGGAGGCCCUGGUGGAUGGCCCCCCUAUGCAGCCUUCAGCCCAUGUGUUCCUGCCCCCCAAAAGACCCAACAAGAUGGGGUUUGAUGAGGUUUUUGUCAUCAGCCUAGCCCGUCGGCCUGAACGCCGAGAACGGAUGCUAAGCUCCCUAUGGGAGAUGGAGAUCGCUGGACGGGUACUGGAAGCUGUGGAUGGCAGUGCACUCAAUAGCAGCGCCAUCAAAAGCCUAGGUGUGGACCUUCUGCCCGGCUACUAUGACCCCUACUCUGGCCGCACGCUGACCAAGGGAGAGGUGGGCUGCUUCCUCAGCCACUACUCCAUCUGGGAGGAGAUGGUUACCCGGGGCCUGGAACGGGUCAUGGUGCUUGAGGAUGAUGUGCGCUUUGAGGCCAACUUCAGGCAGCGGCUGGAGCAGUUGAUGGAAGAGGUGUUUCAGGAGCAGCUGCAGUGGGACCUCAUUUACCUAGGGCGCAAACAAGUUACCUGGGAGGAGGAGCCAGCUGUAGAAGGGGUGCGCCACCUCGUGGUGGCCAACUACUCCUACUGGACUCUGGCCUACACUCUGUCCCUGAGCGGGGCUCGGAAGCUGCUGGAAGCCCAGCCUCUGGGCAGGAUGCUGCCCGUGGAUGAAUUCCUGCCCAUCAUGUAUGACCAGCAUCCAAAUGAAGACUACAAGAGGCACUUCUCCCCCCGGGACCUGAGAGCCUUUGCUGUGAGGCCCCUGCUCGCUUUCCCCACCCACUAUGCAGGGGACGCUCAGUGGCUGAGCGACACAGAGACAUCUACCAUCUGGGAUGACGAUACACAGGCCACUGGUUGGAGUGGCUCUCAAAAGACCCUGAGGGACCCGAGGCUGGACAGGGUGGGCAGCAGUGGACAUAGCCUCCAUUCCACUUCUCACGAUGAGCUCUAGUGCUGAGAGGGUUUGUCUGUGGAUCAACGAAUGAGCCUCAACAAGCAGAGGAGACACAAGGAUCUCCAGCCAGGAGCAGGAGUAGCCAGAAGAAACCCUUCUAGCUUCCCUAAGUCCAGUGGAGAGAUCGCUGCUGUUCAUUUUGGUGUUUCCUUAUCCGAGUCAAAGCCAGGGCCAUUACCACUGUGAUUCCCCACUCCUCUUCCCUAAAACAACA